AUGGUGGAAACAUUUCAAGUUCAAUAUUGUGAUGAUUUAAAAUAGAUAUAACUGAUUAAUUAACAAAUUAAAUAAAGAGUUAAUGAAUUUUUAUAAUUAGAUUUCAAACAAAGAAUAAGAAAUAUUAUAAUUCGACCAAAAUCAAAACGAUCAGAAAAUUUGAUAGACGAUAAUAAAAGGAAUUUUUAAGGAAAGUUGUCUUUAGAACUGUUUUUAUUUUAUUUUCUAAAUAAGUCUUAAAAGGUGAAUGAUUUGAGGUUGAUUUAAUUCUUGAAGAAGCAUUAGCAAAAAGCUGAAUUAGAUGGAAUGAUUGAUGAAAAAUUAAAUGUAAUUCAUUUGAAUAAUGUUAGCAAAUUGUUGUUUACAAGCUGCAUCAUCAUACCCACCCAUAAGCUUUAAUUAUAAUCAAAUAAUUAUAAGCAAAAACCUAAAUAGAAUAAUUAAAGUUAAAAAAUGAAAACUAAAAUCUCAUAAUAAAAUAUUUGUUUAAUAUUCUCAAUUCCUCAUUAAGAUAAUGCUUGACAGAUGCAUCUUUUAUUAAUAAAAAAUAAAAUUUAUAAAAGUUGUCUAAUUAAGUUUAAAUUAUGUUGUUAAAGCAAUAAAGUUAACUGAUAAAGGUUUGGAAUUAAUUUACAAACAUAAUCGAUUUUGUUUAAUUAUCCUGUAACGUUAACCCUUUAACGUCCUUUAAUAUCAUUCAGUUAAUUAAUUAAGUAAUUUAAAUAAUAAAACAUUUAAACCCUGAAAGCAAGGUUUAAAUAGAACUGAUUAAUAAAUUAAAAUGUCCUCAAAUUUAUUCAAACUCUUGUAAAGUUAGGUAAUUAUUCUUGAAUCUAAUCUGUUAUAUUUUGGAAAAAAAUGCGCAUGACAUAAGAAUAACUUUAUUGGAAGAAUACUCAAAUUUAAAUAAUAUAUUUACUAUAGCAAUAACUUAUAACAGCUAAGUUAAGACCUCCAAGAGUGAACUGCAUCAUUUUCCAAUUAUUAAUCCAUUAAAAUUGAAUGACUAUUACCAUAAUAUAAAGAAUAGUAUGUACCUUGAAAUUCCAAUUAGCAUCUUUAUUGUAAGAUUGUUAGGGCCAAACAAUAAAAUAAUUCUGAGAAAGGAAUUGUAAGAAUGUACUUUACAGUUUUAAUUGUAUAAACUAAUUUAACCUGAUAUGCAAUUAUAAAAAGCAUUAAAUUUAAAAUCGGAAAAUUAGAUUAUAUUUUAAUCAGAAAUUCAACCAAUCCAAACUUAAUAUAUUUCCAUUUAGCAUUUAAAUUAGCAAAAAUACGAAGAGGAUUGA